GCCCUCUCACUCUGCAAUUGAGAAUGGUGGUUAGGAAGGGUUUUAAGCGUCAUCUAGGUAGUUAGGUAACCCCUGGUAUUUAAGGAGGUGAGAAUACUCACUGAUCUUCUUUUAGGUGUGGACAGUUGUGAGAUAGGUUGAAUUGGACAAGUUGAAGGAGGAUUUUUAAAGUUGAAAAUAUGUGUUUUGGAAGGUGUGCUAGAUGUGUUGGUUAUAAGUUGCUCAUCCUUGCCCUCCUCUGCAUUGUGGCCAACACUUUACUUUAUUUUCCCAAUGGUGAAACAAGAUUUGCUUCAGAGCAUCACCUCAGCAAAUAUGUGGAGUGCCUUCAUGGCAUUCUAGGUGGAGGCUUUCUGGUACUCAUUCCAGCUGCAGUGUUCAUUGGGCUUCACGAUGACAACUGCUGUGGGUGCUUUGGCCAGGAGGGCUGUGGAAAGGGCUGCGCGAUGCUGUCCUCAGUUCUGGCAGCCCUUGUUGGGAUCCUUGGCUCUGGGUACUGUAUAAUCAUUUCAGCGCUGGGCUUGUCUCAAGGACCGUAUUGUUUUACCCACCUAGAAAGAAACUGGAUCUAUCCUUUCACUGACUCCUCUGGGGGGUACUUGUUUGAGUAUAACAAGUGGUCUGAAUGUCAGGAACCUCAAAACAUCGUGCAGUGGAACGUCACCCUCUUUUCCAUCCUGCUUGUUUUGGGAGGAAUAGAAUUCAUUCUGUGCUUCAUACAGAUAAUCAAUGGCAUUCUUGGAGGACUGUGUGGGUUGUGCUGCAGUCAUGAGGAGACAUAUGUUUGCUAGAAACCUCACCAUGUAUUGACAUCGGUGCAUGUGUGUGCUGUAAUGAAUAUACUGUGGAUUUUUUUUUAAAAUAUUCCAGGCAAACUGAAAUACACAUUGUUGUCAAACUGUGCUGUUGCCAUGAAUUUAACUGACUUGGGGCCUUUGCUGUUGGAGUCAUAUGCAGGUUUUCCACUAACCUGCCUGAACUGAAAGUAAAUGUAUCCUGAAUAUCUUUGGUUCAUUUCAUCUUGGUACAGGCAACUGCCUCAAAAUAUGUCACUAAAGUGACUUUAUUUAUUUUUCUCUUUCCACUGACACAACAGCUCUGUACUUUGUCCUGUUUUCCCAAUAAAGUUGCUCUUUCAUUCCGAUCUUGGAAUGAACACAAACCAAAUCCAGUCUGGCCUGGAUAAAAGGUUUUGGUUCGCUGGACCAAAACCAAAGCAGCAGUAAAAUGUGGAUGACUGAGGGCUUUUAAGGAUUUUUCUGAACUUUCCCUGUAUUUCACAAAUAAAGAUUUGUAUUAAAAAU